UAUCUUCUUGAACUUAUGUCGCGUGAUCAACCUGUCCUCCACGAAAACAAAUACAAACAGACGCAGCGAAAGCAUUACCUCUUCUGUAUCUUCCUGUCCCACCUAACCUCGGGAAGGAAAAUCAAUCUUGAUGCCCAACGCCCAGAUACUCCCUUCGCUGCCUUAACAAGACCCCCCUGGCACAUCGCAAAAGCACCAAAUACCUACUUAUCACUGAUCCCCGAUCCCGCCCCUCCCCCCUGCUAUCCUGCACGAAAUCUCCUAAUCCGGACUUUCUCCAGCAAAUAGAUUGGAUCCAAUACAGUGAAUCCUUCCCGCGUACAACAAAAGGUCGGUCAGAGCACCAAGCUUUACAUGUACGCAUCUUACGUCAGGAGGCUCCAUAAAUAGUGGCUUUUUUUGUGUGUUCCCGCUCCAACCGUGGGAGGUGUACACUACAGUGUUAAGUCUUGUACUACCUACCUUUUCUUUGCUUGGGUAAUCGGC